CCUCUUCCUCCUCCAUCACUCAAAACCCUUUUUCCGACAAGAACCCUAACCCAACCGCCGCCAUGACAGAAGUCGAAGAAGUUCCAGCCGACACCGGAGACUACAUGAUCAAGCCCCAGAGCUUCACCCCCGCCAUCGACACAUCCCAGUGGCCCCUCCUCCUCAAGAACUACGACCGCCUCAACGUCCGUACCGGUCACUACACUCCCAUCUCCUCCGGCCACUCCCCUCUCAAGCGUCCUCUCAUAGACUACAUCCGCUACGGUGUCAUCAACCUCGACAAGCCCUCGAACCCUUCCUCUCACGAGGUCGUCGCUUGGAUCAAACGCAUCCUCCGCGUCGAGAAGACGGGGCACAGUGGAACCCUUGACCCUAAAGUCACGGGUAACCUCAUCGUCUGCAUCGACAGAGCCACGAGGCUUGUGAAGUCGCAGCAAGGUGCGGGGAAAGAGUACGUCUGCGUUGCUCGUCUCCACUCUGCUGUCCCCGACGUGGCGAAAGUGGCGAGGGCUCUCGAGUCGCUCACCGGAGCUGUGUUCCAGAGGCCGCCUUUGAUCUCUGCCGUGAAGAGGCAGCUGAGGAUUAGGACGAUCUACCAAAGUAAGUUGCUUGAGUACGAUGCGGAUAGGCAUUUGGUUGUGUUCUGGGUUUCUUGUGAGGCGGGUACUUAUAUUAGGACCAUGUGUGUUCACUUGGGUUUACUUCUUGGUGUUGGUGGGCAUAUGCAAGAGCUUAGGAGGGUUAGGUCUGGGAUAUUGGGUGAGAAUGAUAACAUGGUUACGAUGCAUGAUGUCAUGGAUGCUCAGUGGAUGUAUGAUAACUACAAGGAUGAGAGUUAUCUCAGGAGGGUGAUUAUGCCUCUUGAGGUGAUCUUGACGAGCUACAAGAGGCUCGUUGUGAAGGAUUCUGCUGUCAAUGCGAUCUGCUAUGGUGCUAAGCUGAUGAUUCCCGGGCUUUUGAGGUUCGAGAAUGAUAUUGAUGUCGGUAGUGAGGUUGUUUUGAUGACGACCAAAGGUGAGGCGAUUGCUGUUGGGAUUGCUGAGAUGACGACCUCUGUGAUGGCUACUUGUGACCAUGGCGUGGUGGCUAAGAUCAAGAGGGUGGUGAUGGAUAGGGACACUUACCCGAGGAAGUGGGGUCUGGGGCCUAGGGCUUCGAUGAAGAAGAAGCUUAUCGCUGAUGGGAAGUUGGAUAAGCAUGGGAAGCCUAAUGAGAAGACGCCUGUUGAGUGGAGCAGGAACGUGGUGUUGCCAACCGGUGGUGAUGCUAUGAUUGCUGGUGCUGCUGCGGCUCCUGAGAAGGUUGAUGUUGGUGCAGCUGUCGUGGAGAAGGUUGAGGCUGAGAAUGGAGAAGUGAGCAAGCGUAAGCACAAGCGUGAUGAGAGCAAUGAUAGCCCCGCUCCCGUGUCAACCAAGAAAGCGAAGACCAAAGAUGUUGAUACAGAAGAGAAGGUGAAGUCUGAGAAGAAGGAGAAGAAGAAAAAGAAGGACAAGGAUGAGGAUACAGAAGAGGUAGCGACACCAAAGUCAGAGAAGAAGAAAAAGAAGAGCAAGGAGACUGGUGAGGAUGAGUCAGCAGCAGAGAAGAGUGAGAAGAAGAAGAAAAAGAAGAGCAAGGAGACUGAUGAAGCUGCUUCAGCUGAGAAGAGUGAGAAGAAGAAAAAGAAGGACAAGAAGAAGAAAAGCAAAGACAGCGAAGAUGAGGAAUAAUUAGAUUGAGUUUUGUGUUAUGGUAUCUAUUCUGGAUAAAAGUGAGACAAAAGGCAUUUCAUGCUUGUAUCCAACGUCUCACUUCAGAUUAGUUUUUGUUUCUUAGUUUUUUAUAUUUAUGUUUUUCCUUUUUAUCUGUAAGACUUUAUGAGAUGAUGGCUUUGGUUGGUUCUUAUGUUUUUCAACA